AGGUGGGCGUGGCCCAAACACCUUAACUACAGAGCUGUGAGCGCGAGCGUUGUUCCGCGAUGCCGCCGAGUGAUUGUGAGUAACGGGCUCAGACCGUCUCGCGCUGUCCAAAUGAAUAGCAGUGGCUCGCGACCCGCGGCGCGCGCGACUAUGCCGAGAUAGCACCGUGGCGCCCGCUUCCCACGAUGACCUGCGAAAGUUUAGAGGAUCAGUUCCCCGGCCUGAAGGCCGACUGCCCGCAGCUCCCCGCCUCCUCCUCCUCGUGCGCCUGCGGGAAGACCUGCGGGAGCUGCAGGUUCUUUUUCGGCUUCUUUGUUGUCUCGCUCUCGCUGCACGUGAUCACGCUGUCCUGCUUCCUCGACCUGCGGUCUGAGGUCAAGCGCGAACUUUCACACACCAAGCGCGAGCCGCCGUUCAGCGCCGUUCCUGAAGAUGAGCGGAGACCGAGCACGCGAGCAGACGCGGUGCAGCGAGCCAUGGAUGUGCUCUUCAGCUCCAGCGCAGAGAUACCGACACAAGAGCAUGAUUUCAUCCACUUCACAGAAGAAAACAGAAAUGCUCUCUGGAGAACGAAAAGGGCAGCCAAAGAGUCCGGUGGAAAACGGAAAAAAGGCAGAAAAAGAUUACAAGGGGCACCGGGCCCACCUGGUCCUCCAGGACCUCCAGGGCCACAAGGUCCCCCUGGAAUUCCAGGGAUUCCUGGUAUCCCUGGCAGAAACGAUUUAGGCCCUAUAGGGCCGCCAGGACCACCGGGGCCAAGGGGCCCUCCAGGGCCACAAGGGCCGGCAGGAGCUGUUGACAAAAGCAAGGGACGGGAGUUCCAGCCUGCUGUUGUGCACCUGCAAGGCCAGGAGACAACAAUAUUAGUAAGAGAAGAUCUUCCAGAGGGCGUGCUGAAAAACUGGAAAAUGGUCUCCGUCCACCACAAGGUUUUCAAGAUGCACUCGCGUUCUGGAGAGCUGGAGGUGCUGAUGGACGGCACCUACUUCAUCUAUAGUCAGGUAGAAAUUUACUACCUGAACUUCACGGACAUAGCGAGCUACGAGGUGCUGGUGGAUCGCCUGCCCUUCCUGCGCUGCACGUGCAGCAUUGAGACCGGCCAACGCAAGUUUAACACGUGCUACACAGCUGGCGUGAGCGUGCUCCGCGCUCACCAGCGCAUCUCUAUCCGCAUCGUUUACGAGGACUCACUAAUCAGCAUGACUGAUCACGCCACUUUCCUGGGCAGCGUGAGACUGGGAGAUGCGCCGUCUACUGGACACUCAUAAAACACGUACACAGAACUUCAGAACUUGAUCAGAACAUCAUCAGAACAUCGUCAUCCUCAUCGUAUACUCACAUCUAUACAUUCACACACAUUUGCACUAAAGACAUUUUAGGCCUAUACCUACUAAUACUGCUUCUAUUAGUGUUUCCAACAGUGACGGUUCAUAAAACAGUUUAUGAAAAUCCUUCAUUUCAUGAUGUACAUAAAAUUAUUUUCUCACUGUGUAUAUAUGUACAUAAAAUAGAAGAUACUUUUUUUGUAAAUUGAUUUCAAGUACAAUAAAUACACUAAUUUGUAAUCUA